AAUUGGAAGUUAUCCAUUCAACUUCGGAUCAAAAAAAUAACAAACAAGAACCAAUAACGCUUGACUCACCUGUCAAAGAAAAUGGAUCCAAUUUUUCUCAAGGUCAACAGCAACUGAUCGCAAUGGCCCGAGCACUAGUUCGUCAUUCCAAAUUGAUAGUAAUGGACGAAGCUACUGCAAGUAUAGAUUUUAAAACUGAUUAUUUAAUACAGACGACAAUUAGGGAGGAGUUUAAGGAUAGCACUGUUAUCACUAUUGCACAUAGGUUGCGAACUGUCGCAGACUAUGAUAGAAUUCUGGUUAUGGAUGCUGGACAAGUGGUUGAAUUCGAUGCUCCAUACUUACUAAUGCAAAAACCUGAUGGGAUAUUUAGAAAAAUGUGUGAAAGAAGUGGAGAAUUUGCAGAAUUAAUGGAAAUUGCUAAGCAGAAAUAUGAAA